AUGAAGAUCAAAUCAUAUUUCCAAGGGCUUGAACUCAUGCAAACUGCAACACCUGAGUUUCAAGUAUAUUUUAAUGACAAAACAUCUAACGAUUUUAACACUCUAUUUGCAUUGAUUCCUUUAAAAAAGCGUUACUUCGCAGCGGGUGUACCGGGUUCAUUCCAAGGGCGUUUGUUUCCUCGAGCUUCCCUUCAUAUUGUCAAUUCGUCUACUGCACUUCAUUGGCUCUCCAGAGUUCCGAAAGAGGUUGGUGAUAUCAAUUCCUCGGCGUGGAAUAAAGGGAGGAUACAUUAUAAUAAUGCUUCAAACGAAGUCUUACAAGCUUAUUCAGCCCAAUAUGUCAUGGACAUGGAAGCUUUUCUUCUUGCUCGUGGACAUGAGAUUGUCUGUGGUGGAUUGAUGUUUAUUUUGGUUCCAGUUAUCGCUGAUGGAACUUUAGUUUCUCAAACAGGUCUUGGUUUACAAGCAGAUGUUUCGGGAUCUUGCUUCAUGGAAAUGGCGAAAAUGGAUAUUGUGGAUGAAGCUAAAAUGGACUCCUUCAACUUGCCAAUGUACUUCACAUCACCAAAACAAGAGAAAGAAUUGGUGGAGAAAACUGGGUGUUUCACUAUCGAAAGAUUGGAGAGAUUGGAGACGGUUUUUCCACUAGCUAGUGGUGCACAAAUAAUUAGUAACCAUACGAGGGCACUACUUGAGGAAAGUAUCAAACAACACUUUGGGUUCGGUGAUAAUGAUUUAGACACAUUGUUUGAUCUAUACUCCAAAAGACUUGUUGAUUCUCUCCCAAUCUUUAUUAAGUCAGAAGACAAGUCUUUUCAAAUGUUUCUUGUUCUGAAGCGCAACGACGUUAUCAUGGCAAUCUAG